AUGAGCUUUCGACAUCCUCCACGGCUGAAUGAUUCUGGAGAAGAGGAACCGCGCAUUAUAUUGGACCUGGCGGAUAUAGAUGAUACUCCCGCGGCGCUGACUCGUUUAGAGCGUCGAGCUGCCUCCUUCGCCAAAGCCUCCAAAUUUAAGAAAGACAGCCCUGCUCAAACCGAAGCCAGGCCCGUUCCCCCUCCCUUCGCCACCGAUUUCGGUCCCACGGCUCUGAUCGAAUACCUGCGAGCUGAGGUCGACAAAUUGAAGCGUGAACGCAAUGCCACCUCGGGAAAGGGUAAGGGGAAAGAGAAGGAGAUUUUGGAACCGGCAAUAUCUGGCGUGCUCCAUCAGAGCCACACUCCAACGUCUCCACACGGCCUCCUUCCACCGUCUACUACUCCAGCGCUCGCUGACCGCGUCAAUGACCGCCAGUCUGCUGUGGGCUUGGCAACUCGGCGAUCGCAGCGCCUGGCGCGCAGAGGCUCUCUCAACCGGGAGGCGAGUCAAGGUGCAGGGGACUGUAAAAAGACACCGCUGUCUCGACCACCACUACUGACGCCGUUUCUGCCAGACCUAUCUCAGCAACCAUCCUUCCAAGAGGGCGGUUCCUCUUCCCAAGCACAUGACCUCACCUCACUACCCAGUGGUACUGGUCCCUCUAGGGCAAGCACAUUCGAAGCGCACACCAAGAACAAGAGAAUGGCUGUUAGGAACACGGCUCAAGAGGAUUUGAUUAGUCCCCUACGCGCAAGAUUGCGUCAGAGAAGAUAUUCGAGAGAUUUGUUUCCCUCUGGCGGGUCGGCCGCCAUGAGCACGGAUCUGUCUGCAAUGUCAGGGGCUUAUUAUCUCGAAUUUCGACAACAGGACGUUCGAGAGGCUCGUUAUUUCUCCUUGCCUGAGAGUUUCCUUAAUGGCGAAGCACGCUCGCCUGCCACUACACCUGGACAGGAGACCACUAGCAGCAAGACUAUUCAAGCGCCGUUCGACAAGCUCAUGCAUGGCUUGCCCAACGGUAAAGCAUCAACACAAAAUCCUCCCACCACCACGGAUUUUGCGUAUCCUGGUUGGGAGAGCCAGUCCCCGCCAGUCACUUCUUUCGACUACGCCACUCUCAUCCCCGAAGUCAUCCCUCUUAGCGACAAAAAGGAGUUUAUCGACCAGGCGAUGCGAGCAAACCGGAAUAGUUCGGCUGAUUCAGAAAACCGAAGUCCGGAGUCGAGCUGGGUGUAUAGAAUUCCGUACUACGGGGCUAUCGCUAUGAGGAGAGAAGUUCCCUCUAUGAGAGCGCUUGCUCCUGCCAUUCCAACCGUCGAUGGCAGUGACUCAAGUGCGGAGGACGUCCCUAUACUGUCCCCUGACAAGAAAUAUCCUCGCCUCUGGAAACCACCGUCAAUGAUUCCUGGCAUGUCUCCAGCAAGCACAAGCUUGACUAUGGUCUGCUCGGGUCAAGCUGUCAAAGGUCUUGAGGCAGAAUCAAACUCCAUACAAAAGUUCGAUGCCGAUAUCUGGACGGAAAUCUCAAGAUUCCUUUCUACGCAAGAUGUGAGAAACCUCCGCCUAGUCGACAAAUCUCUUGCACACAUCAUAGCUCCAAUCCAGUUCAGGAACGUUGUGGUGAACUUCGACAGACACUUUUUCGACGCGAGCCGCAGCAAUUGGGAUAUCAAAUCCGGGCUCCCACCCAACGAUUCAAUGUUCAGGAAGUACGGCGCCAAUAUCAACAAAUUUGGCAUAUCCUUCGAGUACGAUCUGCAAGGUCUGUCGCACGCUAAGGCGAAAACCAUUGAGAAAGAACACGACGCAUGGUUUGGAACAUUCAUCUGGCCAACUGAACAAUAUCCGCGUUUUCCAGAACUGCAGGCACUCGAGGACUUUGUUGACAAUAACCGUCCAUUGCUCAAAGAAGCAUUCAAAUCUCUGACUACAGUCUCGGAGCUUGGCUUGUGUAUUGACAGCGGUCACGGCUGGCUCGAAGGCCCUGACAUCUCUGACAUGGCCCUUUUCAAUCGACGAACUACGAAGGGCAGCAAAGUCUUCGGGAAGACGUUCAAAACCGAAGACGUUUGGGUCACUUUUGCACGUAAUGAAUACUUUAGAUGGGCCCAACAGAACACCAUCAACGAAACACUCAAGGCGCUUAUGACCAAACAGCCAACUCCAGAGUCUGCUGUCAAAGAGGUUCGCUUUUUGAAUGGUCUCAAAAUCCGUGACAUUGAGAGCUUCCGCUAUCAGGACGAGCAAUAUGAUUACGACCCGGAAUGCCACGUGGGAGGUGGCCCAGUCCCAGGAGCGGAAGCUCUUGUAGACGCUAAUGGCGAGUUUCCUAAUCUUUCGCAGGCGCAUCAGGUCGCCGGCCAGCGCCGUUUGAUAGCCCAUGCGCGGAACGGAGGGAAGAGAUUACCUCAGUGGCCAUUAAUCUUCAGUGGCCACAAUCUUGCUGCUGAGCAUGGAGGUCACUGCUCUUCCAUCCAAAACAAGACUGCCAAUUUUGUCGCAUCUCCACUCCUACCCGGAGCGCUCACCGAGCCGCAAGCUCAAUGGUUGAUGGAAACCGUAUGGGCACAGCGUGCUUUUCUCUCCGCUUACACGACGGCCAUCAUCACAAACAAGCAGAACUUCGCGUCGAUUCACACUCUCCGCAUCAGUAAAUUGUCCUCUGGGCUCCUACCAUCAAUAGAACAAGGGGAGUUCUGGAAGAGCUUGCCUGGACUGAAGACGCUGGAGAUCCUCAUAAGCCCGGACUGGCGAAAGGAGCAUGUCCUGGGUGACCGUCGAUAUGCCGAGAGGAUGUUGAUUUUGCCCGACACGGCGGCUCAGAGGUUCACCAAUUUUUUGAGGAAGUACAUUGUCAACAUAGAGACUCUGCACAGCCUGAGCAUUGGCUAUGUCGGAGGCGGAGAACAUGCUGUGGGUAUGUUCGCACGCAACAAGCACGUCUUGCCUGCACCAAUUGUCGAUUGGCCAGGAGAUUGGCUGCACGACAACACCAGAAAACGUCGCCCAUUUCUCAUAAAAUUCGACCACAUACGGCAUCUCAAAUUCCAAAACUGUUGGUUCACUCCGUGGAUGCUGCAGGAGUUCAUGAAGAAGAGCAGAGACACAAGCCUCCAUUCCUUGAACCUUGACUCCGUGAGCAUGACCGUAUAUCAUGAUGCCGAUAUCGAGAGGCCGACUUGGAAUGUAUUGGGUCAUCUUCGCUGCCUUCAUCCUCGACAAGACUGGACUCAAGAGAUUCUGCCCACCGGCGCUUCUUGGGCUCGAGUUCUUGAUGCUAUUACGCCGGGGAAAACACUUUUUGCACACAAAUACGACGCUGGACUUAUUGACCCAGAAGCUGAGCCGAUCCCUGAGCCAGCGUUUCGCGGGCAUAUUCAAGAAAUCGUUCUCAACAGCUGUGGUUAUGUCAAAAUCUCGGUACCUAAGUGGGCCUCCCUGGACUAUGACCAAAAUGCGGCCGUUCUUUGCGCCGAGCCGACCAUGGACGAUGGCCUGCAUGUUCGCAAGACACGAUUUGCCCUAGGGGUAGAAGUCGAAAGUGUGUUGGGUGCGUUCCGUAAUCCGGCACAUCGACCCCCGGAGCCAUCAGAGGAUACGAAGGUCAUGAUGUCCGAUUCAGGCGAUGAUUAUCCAUGGUUGGGAACAUUGACUCAGUGCAUUCAUCCUAUCGAAAAGCGCGUUCUCGAGGAGGCGUGGCAGAUGACAUUUGGCUGGCCCAACAACCUUGAGCGAUUCGCCGCCGUCGAGGAUGGGCAGUGUGAAGGCGGGACAGGACGUUUCAGUGGCGUAAUCAGGAAAAACGACGGAAAUACAUAG